GUUUUUAGUACAUGGUAAAGAAUAUAUGUGAAGCGACGCAAGAAAAACAAUAUAAGCAGUCUUAAGUUAUAAAUUAUAGAUCAGCAGCAAACACAUAAAUAUAAGUUAAAUUCCAAUCAAAGUUGAGUGCAUUGUUAAAAGUUUUGUUUUAAGUUUGAAAUUGUUUAGUUAAUUGGUACAGUGCAAAUUUCACGAAUCUUUUAAACAUGGUCAAAACCAAUAAGCAGCAGCAGCAGCAACAACAACAACAACAACAGCAGCAGCGUUCUGUGGCUGUCACAGAUCGGAGCAGUACGAACGCCAGUGCCAAUUAUGGGGAUAACACAUUUUGUGUGGUCCUCCAUGUAGUGGAAGCAAUUAAUUUCUAUGGCCGCGAGAUGAGAGAAGGUGAGCGGGAUCAGAUUAUAAUGAAUGCCGCACUUAACACGGUGGACUUUGAAGUGGAGGGCACACCCUCAGUAACAACCGAAACGAUCAUAUUCAAUAGCAACUGUAUCUGGGAGUGCGAUAUGGCGGGCAUCAAGCGGAUCAAGACCGAUCAUCGGCCCGUCAAGAUCACCUUCUUUGCCUGUAACAGCGGCAGCUCGCAGAGGAAGACAAUUGGCUCGUUGCUGUUGCCGGUUCGAGGAAUUCCUGUGCUGGGCAUGGGCGGUAACAACAGUGCAUUGCAGUUGAAAAUGUUCUGGCACAAAUUGAUCUGCAUUAGCAAUGAGUUUCGAUCCCACAAGCCGGAAGUAUUGCUCAUGCUGACCAUAAUCAAGAAAACCCUGUUGCAUACCAAAGAAUUCAAACAUUUAAUGGUCUUCAACAGCGCAAAGCAACCGCGUGUGCCGCCCCUGCAAUCGCCUGGCCAUUCGAUCACUGCCAACAUGUUGCAGUCGCAGGCCAAUGUCUAUGUACAGUCCUUGGUUCAGUUGGGCUUGCUGCAGGUGGGCAAUAAUCCUCUGGUCGACUGUGACAUCAUUGAGGUGGUGCUGCAGUUCAAGCAGCUCAAGAAUCUCAACAGGUUUGUCAAAUCUCUCUUUCACGGCAAGGAGGUAAAUGUUGUGCUCCUUAUGUUCGACUUUGUUGGCAACGUAACGAACAUUGAAUUGAAACUUAAUGAUUCCGAUUGCUAUAAGCUGGACGAUGUUCUCGGAUUGCGCUUCAAGUCAUCCCUUCGCAGUAUUCGUCUCUAUUUCCAGCGAAUAUUCUAUUUGCCCAUCAACAUGUAUAUAAAUGGCACCUCAAUUGCCAACUAUCGAAUGGAUUUUGGUAAAUUGUUGCCCUCGGAUAGAUACUUUGCCGAGAAUCGAAAAUUUACUCAAAGCGGAUCUUUUGCCUUUGAACGCUUUGGUCGAAUGGGAAGCGCAAGGGAGCUAAAGCCAAUAAUGGAAUACACAUUCACAGUGGACAUCCAGGAAGUGUGUUGGCACCAGCAGGAGAAGACAUCCGAUGUGUCACAGGUGUCGCAUCAACAGCAGCAGCAGCAGGAGAUUCAGGAUCAGCUCAGUCUGAAUUGUGUGGGCAGCAAAGCUGUUAUACAUGAAGUGCCCAAGGAUCGGGUCAAUGAGAGCGUCGGCGAUUGGUCAGAACUCAACCCGAAUGAGGAUUGCAAGGCGGAGAACGUCUCCAUCAACAGCUUAAAUGUUGGUGCCGAGUUGUCCGACUCAGAUGAACGCGAAAGCGUUGUAGAAUCGCACCUUAGUGAUGCCCCUGACUCUGAUGCUGAAGGAGCUGAUCAAAAAUUCCAUGUGCGCCGUAAGAAGUUCACCAGACUUUUGGAAAUGGAGCAGCAGGAUGCCGAACUACAUAAUUUGCUAGAGGAUGCCGAGUCCGAGGCUGAGCUGUUAGGUAUCUAUAAUAAUAGCAAAUUCUGUCGAGAUAACUCAAAUGCUGACGAUGAUAACACAGACCAUAAAACUAAGCAAUAUUCCCAAAAAAUUGUCGAAGACUCCAUAGAAAUAGUUCAAGUGAAUCGUAAACAGAGAUCAGCAAGAGAAAACAAUUCAAACGAUCCUGUUAUGGAAAGACAAUCUCUCAAAUUGAUUAGUAAUCGCAGUAGAAACAAUCACAAUAUUCCUGUCAACUAUGACCAAAUAGACGAAGUGCCGGCUAAGGAAUGUAUACCUAAAAAAAGCGAUAGAAAGUCAAUAGUCAAUGCAGAUGUUGAUUAUGAAGGAAAUGUUGAUGACUCAUGUUAUCACCUAGAGCCGGAUGAUGAAGAUUUAUCUCAAUUAACCAAGAAUCGCUCCAAACGUAUAGAUAAAGAAACAACAGCUCAUGUAGAACCUAAACCUAUAUCUAAAACGCGUAAAUCCAAAAUAUUGGCAGCUUAUGAGAUGGAUCCUAAUUUACAUGAAUUUUCAGAACAAGACAAAAAAGGACAAAGAAAAAUUCUUCCGACAGUUAAUUCAUUAGUUGUUGAAUCGAAGGUUAUCGACAAGAAGAAGGGUGUAUCAAAAAAUAAGGAAUUUGAGCUUCUGGAAGCCGAAGAGAUGGCAAAAAUCAUAAGGAAAUCUGAGAAUGUUUCAAAUUCAAUAACUCAAAAUAGAUAUCUGAUGACAGAUGAUAGUUUUGUAGAGGCUGAGAAUAAUAUUGAGCUUGAACUUCAGGCACAGAAAUCUGUAAAAAAGCCAAGAAAGAGAAUUGUUGAAGAACCUGCUGAAGAUAUGGAUACCACAACUGAUACGGAGAAGCAGGAGAAGUCGAAUGCUCGAAAGAAUAAAUCAAAGCUUCUUCUUCAUGUAGAAGCUGCUGAAGUUUGUGAGACAGUCAUAGUUAAAAAACCACAAAAAUCGAAGAAAAUUGCAAUGUCGAAAACUGAUCUCUGUUUAAGUGCUCGGUGGGUUGAGGUUAACAGGAGUCAAGCCAAUGCCUUGCAAGAGACUGAAAAGUUUAUUGAUGAAACAUGUGGAGGAGGCCAGAAUCUAUAUGAAUCCUCAUACGAAAAACAAUUGUCAGACAGCUCCAGAAGAUCCUCCAGGCAAAAAGUGGAGCGUAUUAAUGCAGAUGUUAGCUCGAAAAUAGAUAAUGAUGAUUCGUUUAUAGAAGAGCAAGCAAGGGAAUCAAAAGUGGAGCGGAGAACACCUAAAAAGAACAAAGUAACCAAAGAGGUAUUGGAUGAAGUAGAGCCUCGUGCAACGAAACAGUUAAGGACAAAAACUAGAAUAACUAAGGCAGUUGAACAUUUUGAGAAUGUUCUGUCUGCAGAAAGCGAAAUUACAGAGCACGAAGAAUCCAGUUUAGUUCAAAGUCCUGCAAUAAAGUCAAGGCGAGUUACGAAGAAAUCUUCAGCACAGGAUACACUGGAGCUGAGGCACAUAUAUGAUGCAACUGCCUGGGAAAAGCCCGAGGAGAAGAGAUCAGUGAGGACAGCAGCACAUUACCAACAAUCAGAUGCAGACUCCAGUGAACUGGAGGCACGACGGAAACCACUUAAAAAGAAAUUGCCUAAAGCAGCAGCUAAGACAGAGGACGAGACAAUAAUUAAGAAUCUUAAUAGUAAAUCACAGUUGGAUUUGGAUGCACAGGUCUCCCGCUUGGAGGUCACUGUCCACAUGUAUGACCAAUCGAAAGCAACUGAAGGGGAAGCAACUACUAAAUGUACGGAUACCAGCAAUAUGGAUGAGAGUAUUAAACAGAUACUGGCAGUUAGUAUGGAGCUGAAGGAUGAUAUGCAGUUGAAGGCGUUGGAGUACCUGCGCAGUCUUGGCCAGGGAAAAGUGCCGACUCCACUGGAUAAGAAAUCGCCAAGUGAAGCUAAGCAAUCGAUCAAUGUGGAUGCCAAUUAUGAGUUUAAGUUUAAUGAACUGGAACAGCACAUAGUUGUGCUAGAGGAUCAUUUGCGUCAAUUCGAAAGCCGCACGCUGGAAAUGCAGGAGGAGAACUCCAAGCUGGCGCAAGAGAAGAUGCAGCUGAAGCAACGCAUCAGUCACAUGGAACAGCAAAUCUUAGAGCUCCGCCAGCACACAACCAAUGAAGGUGAGUUUAAGCAGGUGCUCACCGAGAUGCGGCAACAGAAUGUGCGUUAUCACGACAUGUCCAAGGCCAGGGAUCGCUACAAGAAGCAAUGGAGACGAGCUGCCAAGCGCAUCCAUGCCUUGAAACUGGCCAUGUAUGAGAAGAAUGUGCAGCAUGAGUAUCAGAGCGUGGAAUCCAACGUUCUUAAUCUAAAGAGUAUACUAACCAAGGAUGCCGAUGAGUUUGAGCGUGAAUAUGGACGCUUCCGUAAACCAAACUCUGCGAUUAGUUUUUCCGGAUCUGGAGAUUCCUCGGAGCCGCUGCUCAAGGAUUAUCUGCGCGUAUUGUCUAACCAAACACUGGAUAAGCACAAGCCAGUAAAUUCCGUUGACAGCACUCGAAUGCAUUAGUUAUUUUCUGUUUGGCGAAAUUAGCUGUGAUAUUUACAAAUAUUUCAAUCAUUUUUGCCCUAAUCAGUUUUAAUUUAUUAUGUUUUGUUAUGUUUUUUUUUUGGUUUGCAAAUAAAAUUUCUGUUUGAUGAAAACAUCUUGUGA